AUAUCCCGACGAAAUCGACCGCGCGCGGCGAAUCAAUCACAAACCCCAUCUGCACCGUCCAAAACCAGGGCCCCCGGCAGAAGAGCGGGGCCCCGAGCGAUCUCGACGGCCGAAAACUCAUCACCGAGUUUCCAAUCAACGGCCGACGAGCGAAGCGCGGUUCCCCCACCAAAAGACAAAAAUAUCCAGACCGGAUCAGAAGUCCUGCAAUUUCCCUCGGAAAAGCCUCGGAAUUCCGAUCGGUGCCGGCCUUGCUCGGAGCCUGAAUCGUCCGGAGCGCCACGCCGCGGAGCCGGAGCCGGAGGCCGCGCCGGUCGGAGCUGGGUGCGCUCGACGGCCAUGGAGGCGUACAAGCGGUGGGUUCGGAGGAACAAGGAGUACGUGCACUCGUUGGAGUCUCUGGCCAACGGUUUUACAUGGCUGCUGCCCGAGCGAUUCUCUUCUUCAGAGAUAGGACCAGAAGCAGUGACUGCUAUCUUGGGUGUCAUAACUGCCGUCAAUGAACACAUAAUUGAUACCGCCCCAUCUCAGAUCCACACUGGUCAUCCUGAACCUUCUACAUUUCCUUAUUCGUUAUGCAUAUCUGCAUUGAAGGACUUGGAAACACUUGUUGAAGUCGUUGCACAACAUUACUAUGGUGAUACCAAGAAGUGGAACUUCAUUGCAGCUACAGAGGCUAUUAAGUUUUUGGUUAGGUUAGCCAUGUUUAGGAAUAGUGGCUAUAAGAUGCUUCUACAGGGCGGAGAGAUUCCAAAUUCUGAGAAGGCAUCAGAAGUUUCCUCCUCACAGUACAGACCUGGAGAUUCCAGAAAACCUGGAUUUUAUAGUGGGCCUGGUUCUUUCAGGAAUAGCUUUGUGCAGAAUGGGUGGAAUCUGGAAGGAAGAGCACUGUCAGCGUUAAGCAGAUUUGGAGAGAAUGCUAGAAUGGCUUCUGACCCACCAUGGUUGCGCAGGGUGCAGCAGCAGAAUGCUAUUAUGGAAUCUCUUGCUCCAAAGGCAGAGAAAUCAACAUUGUCAUCUAUUUUGUCCGAGAAGGGCGUUCAUGGGUCUUUAUUUCAUGGGGAGAUCCUAUUUAUCGCAAGGCCACUAAUCUAUGUUUUGUUUAUUAGAAAGUAUGGAACUCAGUCCUGGACUCCUUGGUUUCUUUCGCUGGCCAUGGAUGUGGUUGGCGGUGGCUUCUUUCCUCAAGUUACUUUGUCUGGGUGGGGUAGUAAAGACCGUAAGUUUCAGUACACCACUUCAGAAAAAGAUGAGUUGAAAAGAAGAAAGCUACUCUGGGCACUCUACCUCAUGAGAGAUCCAUUUUUUAGCAAAUACACAAGGGAAAGGCUCGACAAAGCAGAGAAAUUGUUGGAACCUGUUCCCCUUUUGGGGCUCUUACAGCUAAAGUCAUAGAGCUGAUUGUGGGAGCCCAAACACGGUAUACAUACAUGUCGGGCUCAUAAGAAUGAAGCCUUAGAAAGCUGUGCUACACUUUGAGCCGCCACACCUGCUAGAAACAGAAUACGAGGACUGUAUCCACUAUCCUUAUGAGUUACUAGAAGUUGAGGGACCAUGUCUUGGUGAUGAAGAUUGACAUGUUGAUGUUUUUGGAAAAGUAACGCAAGAACUGGUGAAGUUCUGCUGCAGAUCCCCAAUUGUACGCUGGUUUCUUGGUUUUGUUGGAAACAGAUUUUGCUUCUAGCUUGGAUUACUGGAAGUUGAGGGACGAUGUCUUGGCGAUGAAGAUUGACAUGUUGAUGUUUUUGGAAAAUAAUGCAAUAACUGGUGAAGUUCUGCUGCAGAUCCCCAAUUGUACACUGGUUUCUUGGUUUUGUUGGAAACAGAUUUUGCUUCUAGCUUGGAUUGAUCCUGGGAGUAAGUUCUCAUUGUGCAGACUUCACUUCAGAGUUGGGUUCGAUCAUGUUCAAUUUUCUUGGGGGGUUGAGGAAGAAAAUCUUGUAUCCCCUUUAUGCCGUCCACUAAUUCUUCUUCCCUUUCGUUUCUUUCCUUGUUUCUUUUUAAGCCAAGCCCUUUGUUUAGAUCCCUGCGUACAGAAGAAUAUUGCAGUCAGUUUGAUAAUGGAGUGACAUUGUUUCUUCGGUUCA